GUGUCGAUCGAGUCAGCAAAUCGAAUAAUACGCUAAAGAGAUCGAAAGAGAUUGGUGUGGUUUUGAAAAAGAUUGCACUAUUAAUUCAAUUUAGAUAGAUCAAGUUCGUUGAAUUUUUUGUAAACCGGAAUAGUGAGCCAAAGUGUGUUCGCUAAUUUAAUGUGUUAUUUCCAUAUGUUCUCCCAAAUCAGAUAGAACAAUAUCAAGUUUUCCAGGCUUCUGAAAGUUGAUUAAUGCGAAUGUUAUAUUGUAACCUGUAAAUUAACUUUCGCAAGUAUGUCGGGUACAUUAAAGCCCUAUUUGACAGCAGUCAGGCGUACACUUACUGCCGCCAUGUGCCUGGAGAACUUCUCCUCUCAAAUCGUAGAAAAACAUAACAAGCCCGAAGUAGAAGUAAGGGCAAGCAAAGAACUGCUUUUAACACCCAUUUUGAUAAGUAGAAAUGACAAGGAGAAAGUCUUGAUUGAAUCCAGUAUAAAUAGUAUGAGAAUAAGUAUUGCCGUGAAACAAGCUGAUGAUCUAGAAAAGAUUCUUUGUCAUAAUUUUACAAGAUUCAUGACAAUGAGGGCUGAACAUUUUAUGAUUCUCAGAAGAAAACCAGUAGAAGGUUACGAUAUUAGUUUUUUAAUUACUAAUAUUCAUGUAGAACAAAUGUACAAACACAAGAUAGUAGACUUUGUUAUUCAUUUUAUGGAAGAAAUUGAUAGAGAAAUAAGUGAAAUGAAAUUAUCAGUUAAUGCUAGAGCACGUAUAUGUGCAGAGGAAUUCCUAAAAAGAUUUUAAUUCAUUUAUUAUCGACUUUCCAAGGUAUUUGUUGGAAAGAAUAAUAAAGGAUAUACAGCGAUAGUAUUGUCCAACUGGGUCAUACAACUUUUAAUAACAAAAUUGAAAGAGAUUUUUUUUAAGUAUUUAGUGAUGUGUCCUU